AUGGACCUGUACCUCACCCCCGCCGCCGCGCUCGACAACCUGGUGGCCCGCAGCCUGCAGCCGUCCCCUGAGUUCCUGGCGGCUGCGCGGCGCGCCCUGGGCGCCCUGGCAGCCUCCCUGCGUGAGCCCGGGGGUCGCGCAGCUGCCCAGCCUUGGAGGGUGCUGAAAAUCGCCAAGGGAGGCUCCGCCGGCCGGGGCACCGCGCUGAGGGGUGGCUGUGAUUCUGAACUUGUCAUCUUCCUUGACUGCUUCAAGAGCUACCAGGACGAGAGUGUUCACCGGGCAGAGACCCUCAACGAGCUGUGGACCCUGCUACAACCCUGGUGUCAGAAACCCAUCCACGGUCUGAGCUUUGUGUUUCCUCAGCAGGACAGGCCUGGGGUCCUACAGUUCCGCCUGGUAUCCACGGACCAUGAAAACUGGAUGGAUGUUAGCUUGGUGCCGGCCUUUGAUGCUCUGGGGCAGCUCAGUUCCAACGUCAAACCUGCGCCCCGGGUCUACUCGACGCUUCUCAAAAGUGGCUGCCACGGCGGCGAGCACUCGGCCUGCUUCUCAGAGCUGCGGAGGAACUUUGUGAAUGUUCGCUCGGCAAAGGUGAAGAACCUGAUCCUGCUGGUGAAGCAUUGGUACAGUCAGGUGUGCCAGAAGGAGGGGAGGAGGGAGAUGCUGCCUCCGGCCUAUGCCCUGGAGCUGCUGACGAUAUUCGCCUGGGAGCAGGGCUGUGGGAAGGAUGCCUUCAGCCUGGCCCAAGGCCUCCGGACCGUCCUGGGCCUGAUCCAGCAGUAUCAGCACCUGUGUGUUUUCUGGACCCUCAACUAUGGCUUCGAGGAGGCUACGGUCAGCCAGUUCUUGAGGCAGCAGCUUGAGAGACCCAGGCCUGUGAUCCUGGACCCGGCUGACCCCACGUGGGAUGUGGGGGACGGAGCAGUGUGGUGCUGGGAUCUACUGGCCCGGGAGGCACAGUCCUGCUAUGAGCACCCAUGCUUUCUGCAGGCGGCAGGGAGCGCUGUGCAGCCCUGGGAGGGGCCCGGCCUUCCACAUGCCGGGACCUCAGGUUUAGGCCACCCCAUCCAGCGAGACUCUGCCCAGAGGACCCCUGAGGACAGCAGCAGUCUCCAUGCUGUGCCCCCACGGGCAGGGAGCAGGCAGCCCUCAGGCCCAGCUCCCGGCCCCUCGGGGGCUGCCUGCAUCACCCCUUCCACACUGGGGACGGCCUUGGCUCUGUCUCAGAUCGCCGCCAAGGACCUGGACCGCUUCAUCCAGAACCACCUGAAACCAAACCCCCAGUUCCAGAAGCAGAUCGGCAAGGCCAUCGAUGUCAUCUUGGGUUGCCUUCGUGAGAACUGUGUCUACAAGGCCUCCAGAGUCAGCAAGGGGGGCUCGUUUGGCCGGGGCACAGACCUGAGGGGCGGCUCUGAUGCCGAACUCAUCAUUUUCCUCAACUGCUUCAAAGACUACAAGGACCAAAGGGCCCACCGCCCGGAGAUCCUUAAUGAGAUGCAGGCACAGCUGGAAUCCCGGUGGCAGGACCCGGUCCCCGGCCUGAGCCUCAAGUUUCCUGAGCGGACCGUGCCCGGGGCUUUGCAGUUCCAGCUGGUGUCCACGGCCCUAGAAAGCUGGAUGGAUGUGACCCUCCUGCCCGUCUUUGAUGCCGUGGGGCCGCUCUGCCCUGGCGCCAAACCUGCGCCCCAGGUCUACUCGACCCUCCUCAACAGCGGCUGCCAGAGGGGCGAGCACGCGGCCUGCUUCUCAGAGCUGCGGAGGAACUUCGUGAACAAUCGCCCAACCAAGCUGAAAAACCUGAUCCUGCUAGUGAAGCACUGGUACGGUCAGGUUGCAGCUCAGAACAAAGGACAGCAACCAGCCUGUGCCUCUCUGCCCCCCGUCUACGCCCUGGAGCUGCUGACCAUAUUCGCCUGGGAGCAAGGCUGUGGGAAAGAUUCUUUCAAAAUGGCCGAAGGCCUAAAGACCGUCCUAGAGCUUGUCCAGCGGCACCAGCAGCUCUGUGUCUACUGGACGGUCAACUAUGGCUUUGAGGACCCUGAUAUCAGAACACAGCUUCUUGGCCAACUUCAGAAAGAGAGGCCCCUGGUCCUGGAUCCUGCCGACCCCACCUGGAAUGUGGGCCAGGGCAGCUGGGAGCUGUUGGCCCAGGAAGCAGCAAUUCUGGGGACGCAGGCCUGCUUUAAGAGUGGAGAAGGGCCGUCUGUGCAGCCCUGGGAUGUGAUACCUGCUCUCCUUUACCAAACCCCAGCUGGGGACCUCGACAAGUUCAUCAGUGAAUUUCUCCAGCCCAACCGCCAGUUCUUGGCUCAGGUGAACAAGGCCAUUGAUACCAUUUGCUCAUUCCUGAGGGAAAACUGCUUCCGGAAUUCUGCUAUCAAAGUGCUCAAGGUGGUCAAGGGCGGCUCUUUAGCCAAAGGCACAGCUCUGCAAGGCUGCUCGGAUGCGGAUCUAGUGGUGUUCCUCAGCUGCUUCAGCCAGUUCACGGAGCAAGGGAACAGGCGGGCUGAGAUCAUCUCAGAGAUCCGAGCCCAGCUGGAGGCAUGUCAGCAGGAGAUGCAGUUCGAGGUGAAGUUCGAGAUCCCCAAGUGGGAGAAUUCCCGCGUACUGAGUUUCUCCCUGACGUCCCAGACGAUGCUGGACCAGAGUGUGGACUUUGACGUGCUGCCAGCCUUUAACGCCUUAGGCCAGGUGGUCCCCGGCUACAGGCCCCCGUCUCAAGUCUACGUCGACCUCAUCCACAGCUACAACCACGCAGGCGAGUACUCCACCUGCUUCACGGAGCUGCAGCGGGACUUCAUCAUCUCUCGGCCCACCAAGCUGAAGAGUCUGAUCCGACUGGUGAAACACUGGUACCGGCAGUGCAACAAGAUGCCCAAGGGGAGAGGCUCCCUGCCCCCCCAGCACGGGCUGGAACUCCUGACAGUGUAUGCUUGGGAGCAGGGCAGCCGGGACGCCCAAUUUAACAUGGCCCAGGGCUUCCGCACCGUCCUAGAGCUGGUCAGCCAGUACCGCCAGCUCUGUGUCUACUGGACCGUCAACUACAGCAACAAGGAGAAGACUGUCAGAGACUUCCUGAACCGGAAGCUUCUCCAGCCCAGGCCCAUCAUCCUGGAUCCAGCUGACCCGACAGGCAACCUCGGCCACAAUGCCCGCUGGGACCUGCUGGCCAAGGAAGCUGCCGCCUACAUGUCUGCUCCGUGCUGCAUGAGCAGGGACGGCAGCCCCAUCCAGCCAUGGCCAGUGAAGCUUCGCCAGGAAGGUUAG